AUGGUCAGCCUAAAAUGUGUUGCCAAUGCGCCUCUCACGUCAACCCUCUCCUCCUCAGCCUACGUGUGUGCGAUACGUGUUCCCCUCUUGGCGCGCGCGACGUUUCCCAGCGGUUCGCGGACUAUCGACUCGCUGAUUGCGGAGUGGAUGAGAAUGGAUGGCACGGGAAGAGGUCAGAAGGGAAAGAAGGAAGGGUGA